AAAAGAAAUAAUAAUAAUAGAAAAAUAAAUUGGGGGGAAGGAAAACGACAAGGGUUUUUCAUUCGGAGGCAAUCAGACUCCUCCGAGAUGAUGAUGAACCCCAACAACAAGACCCACCACCACCGCUCUUCUCCGUCACGCAACUCUCCGCAAGAAACCCAUUCCGGAAAAUUAAUGUGUAUCAUCGCUCUCCCUGUUCCUGCCCUCAACAACAAUGAUCAAAAUUCUUCUGCCGUUUCUCAAAUCAUCAAUGGCGCCUGCAAUGUUGGUAGUAAACGGAAGAAAAAGAAUUCCUAUGCUCAAAAAUGCACCCACCAUGUGCAGGGAUGUGAUGAGAAGAAGCCUCAAGUUAACGCUAAACAGGAGGAGGAGCAUCUUGGAAAUGAAAAAAAGUUUGUAGAUUUUGGUAAGGUGAAAAUGAAGAAGAGGAAGGGCUCAGACAUUGACGAUUUUCAGCAUUGUCGAGACAACAAAUCGAAGAAAAAGAGGAAGGAUAACUCCACAGAAGAGGGGGAGCAUAUGGUAACUGAGAACACUUUACUACAGCAUUUUGGUACGCCUGAGCGCAAGGAUGAAAUUUCUAACAGGGUGAUUGAAACAACUACCGAAUCUGAUCAUUCUAAAAACAAGAGGACUCUACAAGUUAAUGCUACAAAGGUGGAGGAGAUUUUGGGAACUGGAAACACUUCAGAGUAUCUUGUUACUGAUAUGAAGAAUGGAGCUCCUAAGAAACACAAAAAGUACAAGAAACAAAAGGAUUUGAUGGUUAAUGAGUCAACUAGGGUGGUGAAAAGAAAGAGAAUGAAACCUGAGAGCAGAAAGGAGGAGGAACAUAAGGUUGCAGAGAUGACUGCUCAUUUGAAUGAAGGUUCUGAUUCUAAGAAGAAGAAGAAGAAGAAGAAGAAGAAGCAUCUGAGACCCAAUGACAGUGCACAAGAUUUAGUUAAAGGUGGCAGUGGUCAUACAAUUUGUAAUAAGGCAGGUGCAUUUUGGCAUUCAACCUCUCAUGGGAUUGCUUCCAAUGAACAAAAUGAUCAAAAGACAUCACACAAGGCAGUAGUUGUAAAAGAAGAAAAGCAAGGUUCAAUUGAUGAUCAAAAGGCAUCAGUAAAAGAAGAUGAAGGGUCUCAGAAAAAGAAAGACACGGUCAAAGUGUCACCCUACUUUCAGAAGGCAGUAGCAAAGGAGGAAGAAGCUUCUGUUGGUGAUAAGAACAAGUCCAGAGUGAAGGUAUCGCCUUACUUUCAAAAGACACUAAAAGGAAAAGUGGCUUCUGCUGUAGGUCGCUGCAAUAAAGGGGGGGAAGGAGAAUCAACAAAAGAUGAUAGUAAUAAUAAUAAUAAAGAAAGUGAAAACAGCAAGAAAAAGAAGAAGAGAUCGGAUUACCUUACUGUUGCACAAAAGAGAGAUGAGGCAUACAAAAAGAAGACUCCAGAUAACACAUGGAUUCCUCCUCGAUCCUGUCAUAAUCUCAUUCAGGAGGAUCAUAUCCAUGAUCCUUGGAGGAUUCUCACUAUAUGUCUACUUUUAAAUCAAACACACGGGUUGCAGGUGAAACGGGUUAUAUCAGAUUUCUUUACUUUAUGCCCAGAUGCAAAAACUGCUAGUCAGGUUCCAGUACAGGUGAUCGAAGAGCUUAUAAAACCACUUGGACUACAAAAAAAGAGGUCAAUCAUGAUUCAAAUCCUUUCUGAACAAAUUUUGAAUGAUGAAUGGACAUAUGUUACCGAACUGCAUGGCGUUGGGAAGUACGCAGCAGAUGCAUAUGCGAUAUUUUGCACGGGGCAUUGGAACCGCGUGGUGCCCAAGGAUCACAUGCUAAACAGGUACUGGGAAUGGCUUCAUGAGAAUAAGGAGACAUUGCAUUUAGUCGGUUAAGUAUCUAAAUCUAUACAAUAUCUGAUUAUAUUUAUUACAAGUAGGAGAGUAUAUGUAUAUACACACACACACGCACGCACGUUCCACUCUUGGACUUGUAGUGUGGUUGUCCGGGUUUUGUUUUGUUUUGAAGUGGUAGGUUUUGGG